AUGCCCCGCCACCACGCGGGAGCAGAGGAGGGCGGCGCCGCCGGGCUGUGGGUGAAGAGCGGCGCGGCGGCGGCGGCGGGCGGGGGGCGCCCGGGCGGCGGCAUGAAGGAUGUGGAGUCGGGCCGCGGGAGAGUGCUGCUGAACUCGGCGGCCGCCAGGGGAGACGCUCUGCUGCUGCUCGGCACCCGCGCGGCCGCGCUCGGCGCAGGGGGCGGCGGUGGCGGCGGCGGCGGUGGCCUGAGAGAGAGCGGCCGGCGAGGCAAGCACGGGGCCCGGAUGAGCCUGCUGGGGAAGCCGCUCUCCUACACGAGUAGCCAGAGCUGCCGGAGGAACGUGAAGUACCGCAGGGUGCAGAACUAUCUGUACAACGUGCUGGAGAGACCUCGAGGCUGGGCGUUCGUCUACCACGCGUUCGUUUUUCUCCUUGUGUUUGGUUGCUUGAUUUUGUCAGUGUUUUCUACCAUCCCUGAGCACACAAAACUGGCCUCAAGUUGCCUCUUAAUUCUGGAGUUCGUGAUGAUUGUCGUGUUUGGUUUGGAGUUCAUCAUUCGAAUCUGGUCUGCAGGUUGCUGUUGUCGGUAUAGAGGAUGGCAAGGAAGACUGAGGUUUGCUCGAAAGCCCUUCUGUGUCAUAGAUACCAUUGUUCUUAUUGCUUCAAUAGCAGUUGUUUCUGCAAAAACUCAGGGUAAUAUUUUUGCCACAUCCGCACUCAGAAGCCUCCGUUUUCUUCAGAUCCUUCGCAUGGUGCGCAUGGACCGCAGGGGAGGCACUUGGAAAUUACUGGGUUCCGUGGUGUAUGCUCACAGCAAGGAAUUAAUCACAGCUUGGUACAUAGGAUUUCUGGUUCUUAUUUUUUCAUCUUUCCUUGUCUAUCUGGUGGAAAAGGAUGCCAACAAGGAGUUUUCUACAUAUGCAGAUGCUCUCUGGUGGGGCACAAUUACACUGACAACCAUUGGCUAUGGAGACAAAACUCCCCUAACUUGGCUGGGAAGAUUGCUUUCGGCAGGCUUCGCACUCCUUGGCAUUUCUUUCUUUGCACUCCCUGCUGGCAUUCUUGGCUCGGGUUUUGCACUGAAAGUACAGGAACAGCACCGCCAGAAACAUUUUGAGAAAAGAAGAAACCCAGCUGCCAAUCUUAUCCAGUGCGUUUGGCGCAGCUAUGCAGCUGAUGAGAAAUCUGUUUCCAUUGCAACCUGGAAGCCACACUUGAAGGCCUUGCACACCUGCAGCCCUACCAAGAAAGAGCAAGGAGACGCCUCCAGCAGUCAGAAGCUAAGUUUUAAGGAGCGAGUGCGCAUGGCUAGCCCAAGGGGCCAGAGUAUUAAGAGCAGACAAGCGUCAGUGGGCGACAGGAGGUCCCCAAGUGCCGACAUCACCGCCGAGGGCAGCCCCACAAAAGUGCAGAAGAGCUGGAGCUUUAACGACCGGACCCGCUUUCGUCCCUCGCUGCGCCUCAAAAGUUCUCAGCCAAAACCCAUCAUAGAUGCUGACACGGCCCUUGGCACUGACGAUGUAUAUGAUGACAAAGGAUGUCAGUGUGAUGUAUCCGUGGAGGACCUCACCCCACCACUUAAAACUGUCAUCCGGGCUAUCAGAAUUAUGAAAUUUCAUGUUGCAAAACGGAAGUUUAAAGAAACAUUACGCCCGUAUGAUGUAAAAGAUGUCAUUGAACAAUAUUCUGCCGGUCACCUGGACAUGCUAUGUAGAAUUAAAAGCCUUCAAACACGUGUUGAUCAAAUUCUUGGAAAAGGGCAAAUCACAUCAGAUAAAAAGAGUCGAGAAAAAAUAACAGCAGAACAUGAGACGACGGAUGACCUCAGUAUGCUGGGCCGGGUGGUCAAGGUUGAAAAACAGGUCCAGUCCAUUGAAUCCAAGCUGGACUGCCUGCUGGACAUCUACCAACAGGUCCUCCGCAAAGGCUCGGCCUCAGCCCUCGCUUUGGCUUCAUUCCAGAUCCCACCUUUUGAAUGUGAACAGACCUCUGACUAUCAGAGCCCAGUGGAUAGCAAAGACCUAUCCAGCUCGGCCCAGACCAGUGGCUGCUUGACCAGGUCAGCCAGCGCCAAUAUCUCCCGAGGCCUGCAGUUCAUUCUGACGCCAAAUGAGUUCAGCGCUCAGACUUUCUAUGCGCUUAGCCCUACUAUGCACAGCCAAGCCACUCAAGUGCCGAUGAGUCAAAGCGAUGGCUCCUCCGCAGUGGCGGCCACCAACAACAUUGUAAACCAAAUAAGCGCGGCCCCCAAGCCCAUAGCCCCGACAACUUUACAGAUCCCGCCUCCUCUCCCAGCCAUCAAACACCUGCCCAGGCCAGAGACACUGCGCCCCAACCCCGCUGGCUUCCAGGAAAGCAUUUCUGAUGUCACCACCUGCCUUGUUGCCUCCAAGGAAAAUGUUCAGGUUGCACAGUCUUAUCUGGCCAAGGACCGUUCCCUGAGGAAAAGCUUUGACAUGGGAGGAGAAACUCUGUUGUCUGUCCGGCCCAUGGUGCCCAAGGAUUUGGGCAAAUCUUUAUCUGUUCAAAACCUGAUCAGGUCAACGGAGGAACUGAACUUACAGCUUUCAGGGAGUGAAUCCAGUGGCUCCAGAGGCAGCCAAGAUUUUUACCCCAAAUGGAGAGAAUCCAAAUUGUUUAUAACUGAUGAAGAGGCGGGUCCAGAAGAGACAGAGACAGACACUUUUGAUGUCACCCCACCACCCGCCAGGGAAGCUGCUUUUGCCUCGGACUCUCUAAGGACUGGAAGGUCUCGAUCAUCUCAGAGCAUUUGUAAGGCAGGGGAAAGUACAGAUGCCCUCGGCUUGCCUCAUGUCAAGCUGAAAUAACUCCUUCGUUUUCUUUCUAGAGCAUAGCGGUUCUUUUAGCCAUACAUAUCAUUGCAUGAACUAUUUUGAAAGCCCUUCUAAAAAGUUGAAAUUGCAAGAAUCAGGAAGAUCAUGAAAGGUGGCUUACAAGCCUGUUAUCUUUUAAUUGCAUGAAAAUGCAUGUUUAGGGAUGGCAAAAUUCCAAGGUGCAUCAACAUUAACCCAAACAUUUAGCAAUGUACCUUGAGUUCAAAAUACUGAGAAACCAAGCACUGCUAAUGCUAGGGGGGUGUACGAAGAUGUCACAAUUAGGUCAUUUAGAAGAGUUGACAUUAUAUGUUGUAAAUUGUGGGAGUAAACAACUUCCAAUUUCAGGCAUUUCUGCGUUGUAACUAGGUACAAAGUACAUUUUCAAAAUUAGGCCAUAAUGUGUAUUUAGACACAACGGCUACCAACAGCUGCUAAUAAGGUACCAAGUAAAGUGGAGUUUUUGGAAUAACAGAAAUGGCUGUUUAUUUCAAGAUAUCUUUGCCAGCCCAUUCCUACUCAGUCAUUUCAUUAAUGUGAUUUGAAUGUCAGCUUGUGUUGCUUUUGGUGAUUAGCGCUGUGGCAAGCAAUCUUGCACAUCUUUUUCAUGUUGUCCUUUUUUUUUUUUUAUUUGAUAAAAAUGCUUCCCAGUUAUAAAAUGAACAAUUGGUGAGAUUCAGGGCCAGUGAGGCAAAUAGACGCACUGACAUAUGUGACCUCAUGGAAACAUAGGCCAUGUGAAUGGACAACUCCACACUAGCAUGUGGAAUAUUAAUGGAUUUACAGAUGGUGUGGUCGGGUUAGCCUCUCUGGUGAUGGCACAAGCCCAGGCUUGCCCAUCCUGCACACGUGAAGGACGAGUGUGAGCAGCUAUUCUCUAGAUAGGUACGAUACUGGGACUAAGAAUGCAACACUUAGAAAGUAAGAGAUUAAAAAUGGAAAAAAAAAAGGACUUCCCUCUUCACAGGUAAGAGAAGGAAAGAAACCAAGAUAAAAUAACUUGAUUUUUUUUUUUUUUAGAAAAUUAGUAUUGCGAGGGACUUCAACUACCUAAACACCCCUUAUUCUUAUAUCACAGAGAAUUUUGCAAGGUAUUUAUUUUUAAUAUGCCCUGAAUGGCUUUUGCUAUCAUGUAGUACAUUUUGCAUAUAAAAGUGGAAAACUAAACUCCCUUACUUUUUUAUACUACAGUGAACAUUUUCUAUCCUUCCCAAAAAUAUUUUCCCAAUGUGAAAUGAACUCGUUCGGUUUCUAAGUAUAAACAGUUACAAGUACAAGGCAGAUCACACUGGAAGUGUCUGCAAAGCAGAAUACAGGCUGGAGAGAUGGCUCAGUGGUUAAGGGUUAGCCAGCAAAAUACUGACUAAUGUAAUGUGUUGUAGCAGUACAAAAGGGGAAAUUUUUUUAAUGUAUUUAUCAGAAAGCAAGCCAUAUUGCAUGAUAAAAACCAGCUUACUAGCCGGGUGUGGUGCCCCAUGCUCAUAGUCACAGCUUUGGGGACAUGGGGGUGGGGAGGCAGAAAGGUCACGAAAACAAGGCCAGCCUGGGUGACUUAGCAGCAUGUCACUAAAAGCAAACAAUACAAGGGUGGAAGGGCCGGGCAUGGUGGCGCACGCCUUUAAUCCCAGCAUUGGAGAGGCAGAGGUAGGAGGAUCGCCAUGAGCUCGAGGUCAGCCUGACUACAUAAGUGAAUUCCAGGUCAGCCUGGACUAAAGCAAGACCCUACCUUGAAAAAAAGAAAAAGACGAAGAAGAAGGAAGAGAGGGAAGAGAGGAAAGAAAAAAGAAAGAAACCAAGCUAGCUAUCUCACUGUGUAAGACGUCAGAAGUCAAAGUAAUGACAUUCCAGUGGCUUGGAGAUGGACUGAGGAUGUAGCUCAGUUAGAGUGCUUACUUAGCAUUCAGAAAGCCCUGGGUUUGAUCCCCAGCAACGAAUAAACUGGAUGUGGUACAGAACAGCUAUCAUCCCGGCACUUUGGGAGGUGGAGGAAAGAGGAGAAUCAGGAGUCCAAAGUUAUCCUCAGUUACAUAGGGAAUUUGGCGCUAGCCCAGGGACACAUGAGAGCCUGUCUCAAAAAAAAAAGGCUAGGAAGGGAGGGAAGGAAAGACAGCUGCCUAAACUCAGGCCACAAAAGGAUUCAAGAAAGGAAGAAUAUUGUUUUUACCAAGAAGCAAGGCCUCCAGAAAAACUUGGAUGUCAAUUUAUUCAGUUGGGCUUGGCGGUGCAUGUCUUUAAUCCCAGCACUUGGGAGGCAGGGGUAGGAGGCUCACUGUGAGUUCAAGGCCAGCCUGAGACUACAUAGUAAAUUGCAGGUCAGCCUGAACUAGAGCAAGACCCCAUCUCAAGAAAAAAAAAAAAAAAAGGCACCCAUCAACUUGUUCAAAGGAAGGAGAACCAAGUCCACCAAACUUUCCCAAGUCUCUUCUCCAAGAAAUGUUCUUCAUCUCUGAUUCUUCUUCACCCUCCUGUGCAUUCCUUAUCACUGCUUUGGUUUACAUUUCACUAGACCUUAACCUGCCUUCAUCCCCUCGGAAAUCAAUUCUCUCUUCCUAAAGUAGAUUUCUCAAUCUUUCAAAACUGUUCUUGUCCAGAGCCGGGCAUGAUUGCCUUUAAUCCCAGCACCCAGGACUCCAAGGCAGGAGAAUUGCUGUGAGUUUGAGGACAGCCUGAAACUAUAUAGUAAAUUCCAGGGUCUUACUCUAACCUAGGCUGACCUGGAACUCACUAUGUAGUCUCAGGCUGGCCUUACAUUCAUGGCGAUCCCCCUGCCUCUGCCUCUCAAGUGCUGGGAUUAAAGGCACGCACAAUCAUGCCCGGCUCUGGACAACAGUUUUGAAAGACUGAGAUACAUGCAUACAUUGAAAUUUUAAAGAUUUGCCCUUCCCAUCCCUCUAGGACUCUCACACACUUCCCUGGAACCUUCUUGGCUAUAGGAAACACAUAGAAAAAUAGGGUCUGGGUUUUAUAUUCCAGUUUAAAAUGUUUGGCCACUUUUUAAAGCAAUUCUUUCACUUUCCAAGUAGAAUGACAGUUAUUAAAUGCAUCGUUUCAUCUACCUGUGUCUCUGCCUGCAGUUAGCCUGAAGUUGUUAUUUACCCUCCAAAGGACAUUGCAUACACACACACACACACACACACACACACACACACACACACACACUCCUGGCAUUCAGCUAGCUCUCUCCAAAUACUGGCUAAGGAAGAGGAGGGAAUCAGCAACUUUAGAUAGCACUGAUCCUUGGACAUAUCCUGUCCCAUGUCAAAUCCCACUGGCAGCAAGUAUUGUGAAUGUAUUGGGGGCCUGUUCUUAGACAUUGAUCAGGCCCCAAACACAGAGCAGUUCAUCCAACAUUGCUGAAGACUGAAGAUUAAAAAACAAACCCUAAACACAUCACUGAAGUCUUAAUCUUAACAAAAUGUGACAGACCACAUCGUGGAAAAUGUUUGAAUAUGUGUAUCUGCUUUAGCGCGAAACUCUUGGCUGCUGAAAGAUAGCUGCAUGAUAUGAAAACUUCCGGGUUCUGUCUGCGAUGUCACUCUGGGAACAAGGGGGAUUUCCAUCUGCACUUAGCAGAGACCCAUUGCUCAAACCCAAAGGGUGUGUGGAAGCAGUUUAGCUGAGCAUUGCGCAGCCGCUUGCGGUCUCAGUUCAAGUCCAUCUGCCUUCUGCAACGUGCAGGGUCAAUCACAUUGACACUUCAUUGUAAACAUCCCUUGUGUGAGAUUAACUAAAAUCUCUGCUAUGUCUGAGCUAUGUGUUUGCAUUUUGUUCAACCAACUUAAUAUCUGUAAAAUGCAAGUUCUGUCUUAGACGCUUUUUAAGUUUCUAAGUCUUUACCUCUUGAACCUAGGGUGCCAUCCCCACCUCCCAUUGACUUAGCGAUUCCCAAAAGUUCCUAAUAUAAAAGUCAGACAAGUCCAGUAAUGAGGGGAAAUUGAAGCACAAAGUGACUAAAUCUCAUACCCACAUGCAGAACAAAACUAUGAAGGAAUGAUUUAUCCCAUGCAAUGAACCAAGCAGAUAGCUUCAUCCAGUCAGAUUGAGGAAAUAUAAAUAUUAACUACCCAGAAGCUGAUUUUUUUUUUGCCUUAAAUGACAUGGUUGUGUUUUUGUAAGAAAACUUAAUUUAAUAUAAUUAUGUGCAUUUAAGUGAGCAGUUCUAAACGUCAUGUACAAAAACAAUGCAAUUGUCUUAUUUCCUGAAAACAACUAAAUCAGGAAUAUCAUAUCCAUUUCCAGCUAUCAUUAAAAUGUAAUUUCCUUUGCUCUCUUUUACUGGGAUUAUUUGUUCUAAACCAAACCAUUAAAAAGAUGCCUAUAAACAG